UUUCCCCUUCUCCUUCCAUCGCUAUUUUUUCUUUUUUUUUCUUUGUUUUCCUUUCUCUUUCUGUCUUCUUAUUUCUCUCAUCUUUUCAUUUUCUCUUUGUCUUUAUUAAUAAAACCAGAAAACCAUGAUUCAUUUAAAAGCUACAUGCAGCUGUAAACAGUAGGACUGGAUGAAGGAGAUUCUGAUAUUCCAGCAGCAUGGGCACAAAUCUGGAAUCCUUAGUGAAAUGAUGUGAAAGAAUUAAGCACAAAAUCAGCACCUGGUGUUUAACCUCAUAUUUUACCUCAGAAGUUCAGAAAGUGAGGUCUGCAUAACCCCUUCUAAUCUUCACAGUUAGUGAUUGACUACAUGGUGUUGGUUUCUCUUAUCUUUCUCCGGCUGCUGAACUGUGUUUUAAAAAGAUAGCUAAAAAUAUAUAAGUACUUUCCUAUUCCUUUUUCCAUGUAAGCAAUUGCUGGGAUUGUCACUGGGAUGUUAUGUGGCAGAAACAGGAGCAGGUGGUCUGUGUUGUUAUGAAUAGCAGCAUGCAUGACAAUAUCCAUAUGAAAAGGAUUUCCUUACUACCAGCUACUUCAAACACCUUUGUUUUAGCAUGUUUUCUCUUCUCGGCUUUGCAAGGUGCUUUCUUUGCUUUGGAGAUAUGUUAAACAAAAAAGGGCUAUCUUUGUUAGUAGCAUUUGAUUUAACAGAAUACCAAGACUUCCUGAAAACAUUCCUUUUAGCCUAUGAUGCUGUGUAUGUAUAUACAGUUUAUGAUGCUGUAAUAAAUUCAGUAGUAGAGAAGAGAGAAGAACAUAUCCUGCAUCAGGUAGGGUCUUCUCCAGUGCUUCAACCUUUCCUCUUCCUUUGAAAAACAAAAAGAAUCACAAAAAGAUGAAGUAUGCUAACAACUAUUUUGUUCCCACUUCACCAUGUGUCCAGACUGAUGAGGACCAAGUUUUGUUUUAGAGACAAAUAAGAGAAUCUAAUUUAAAAGGUGGUUUGCAUGGGCUGAACUCACAAAGCACCAUUUCUGCACUUGGUGGUGUGAGAUGUAUUGGCCGCCAUUUCAUUGAGAACACUCAAAAGGCCUACGCCUUACUGCCAGUCAUAUGCUUUUAGCAAGAACUACAGGAUGCCCUCACCCUAUUUUCUGCAGCCCCCAGAGCCCUAACACAGUAAGAAAGGUGGGUUGGGGCACUGGGACGUGGGCAGGGAGAGGGGAGAGUGCUUGCUGUCCCUUGUCAGCUACAUGGCAUUGUCCACUGCAGAGGUUUCCUCAGGACGGGCCGGCCUCUGGGAUAGGGUUGCACUGCGGCCCGUUAACAUUUCAGGCUGUUGCCACUCCAGCACUGCUGUGCUAAGUGUCACCAAAGAACCUAUAAAUAAAUAAGUAAAUUGCCUGUCUUAUGUAUCUUACUUAUUCAUGGGCCAAGAAGGCAGGACACUUUUGAAGAUGGCCUUGCCUCCUAUAGAGGCCCAAGCAAACUGUCCUCCAGACACCGAAAACCACAUCCUUACAGCAGGGCUUCCAGGAGCUGGCAGUAUGUCAAGGCAGCAUCACGUGCUUUAAGAACAAUGAAAAUCUCCAGGGGAAGAGGCUGAAGUCUUCCUCAGACCAUUUCCCAGCCUCAGGGUGGGGUCUGUGCAGCCAGCUUGUCCUGUGACACAGUUCACUCAGAGCACCAAAGGCACUAACUCUUGUGGAGAUAAGAUGCUGAUAGACCCUUUGGUGCUGAAGAAGAAGCUCAAUAGGAUGGUGACAGAGCAAGGGGCCUUUGCUGUCCUCAGCAGCCUGCUGCUGUACGUCACUGAGCUUGCCGCCUGCGACCCGCAGCUCAGAAGCAAGAGGACAAAAUGGGAGGAAGGUAAAGAAAACCAGGUGAGUUGCAAACAGUCGUCUCCAGACUCAAACAGGGGCUGUUACCCUACCCGAUUCCAGCUCCUGCGGUCCAGAUUUCUGAACACCAAUCGCGAGCCUUAUGUCAAAAAAAGAAGAGAAGUUGGUAAAUUGGUCAUUAAAGAGAGGCUAUGGGUGAACAGGGCAGGCAACAAGUUAGAGAGAAGAGGAGAUGGAAAGGCAGCAGAAGAGGGUGAAGACACGGCGCCCAGUGAGAGGGUCAGGUGGGGCAGCGUGACUGGGAAAAACACAGUGAAGAAUAUUUUGAAGAAAUUUUUGGCUGCCGAAGAAAAAGAAGACAAGGAAAAGAUUCCCACCUGGAAAAAGAAAGGGCCGAACAGCAGCUUGCCAAAAAUAGUGAACAGGAGCUCAGUCCUGUCCAAGCUAAAGGAGCAGUUUGAGCAAAGCUCCCUCUGUUCAGCCACAGAGGUGAAAGCAUCACUCUUGCGCAAAGGCGAGAAAAAGAUGAAAACCCUCCCAAGCAGAAAAGCUAUCCGUAAGCCAGAGGUCAGAGUACUGCGCAUGGCAGCACUGGCAGCCACAGACAUAAAUGGUCCAGAGUCCCAGUACUUAGUGUGCUCCAUGGUGCCAGUGCCCAGACUCAGCAUGGCUACCGAAAUUAACCAUCCAUGGAGUUGGUCAAAAAAUAAUGCCACAAUGCAGCCUUGCGAUCACAACACAGGGCUGAAGGAAAAGGAGAAUUCUGAGAGAAAGCCUGGUGAGAACAAAACACCACUACGUGCAGCACAGGACAUGGAGGACAAAGAAGAACCAGUGGCACCCAAGGAGAUGCCUGAUGCUAAGGACAGCACUGAGACCAAUACAGAUUCCUCAAAGCAAAGACCUCAGUUCAAUCCUAGUCUAGAUAGCUCUUUUUCCAUCUGUAAAAAUAAAGCCCUUCCAGACUGUGAUGUUCUCUCAUCUGAACAUAAUCUAGACUGCGAUAGGAAUAAAUUGCCAGCUGGGCCUGACACAUCUUCACCUACGAGGACUACCAAGGCUGUGCAACAUGUCAAGGAUGACAGCCCACCUUCUAACGUACCUUACUCUAGCACAGCUGAAGGAUCCAGUGAACCAAGUCCUCAGGAUACUAAAACAGAUGAGAUUCCCAAAAUAAUUAUGCAUGUAUACAGUUUGGAGGAAGCUGACCAAGAUUUGACAGAGCCAGAAAAGGAUCCUUUCUUUGCAGGCCAAAAAUGUUUCCCAGAGCAGGAAGUACUGGAAAACACCCUGCCGUUUUACUCUCCAGGAGAUCAAGCGCUUUGUGAAGUUGAGCCUCCAAUGCAGAAUCGACACCUAAGUCACAUAACACAAGCUGCCAGCAAAAGGCCACUACCAGUUCAAAAAGAGGCACCAGGUUUAAGAGGCAGAGGUUCCAAGGAAGACAAAAAAGGAGAGAAAUAUCACAGUGAAGACAAAAUGUACUCUACUUCUAGCAAAAAUUAUAGCGAUAUCUCAGCUACAAAAGAACAGGAGAAUAAAACACCCAACUGCCAAAUGCAAAAUGAACCCCAAACCAAGCAGCCACAGCCACCUCAAAUGCCCAGCCCACAGAAUCACUUCAGUAAUUCCAACGCUGAGAUAUCAAAUACAGAUGCAAAUCAGACCAAACCCACACUCUCCUCAAGUGAUCUCCAGAAGCAGAAAAAUGGUGUUGCAGAAGACCACAUCCCUUCUGACUGGGAUAAGAAAGAAGGCCCUUUGCCAGAUGAGUUUGUGAGGCACAAAUUGUACUUAGUAGAUGAGGAGUUUGGGAAGGAUCAGUUACCUUCUGCAAAUGAGAUGAUGAGUCCCUCAAACAAUGGAGUCCUGGACAGGAGUACCUUCACUGACCUAGAGACAUGUUACAAACCAUCUAACAAUUUCAUUGAGUGUGAAGAGACCACUGCAGAUGAGGUGCCGUGGCCUGACUCUGAAGUAUGGCUGUCACCUUCAUCAAAUCCUGUAACGACACUAAUGAGUGGGAUUGUAGGACAAAGAAUCCAUCACACGCUUGGAAAUCCCCCAGCCCUUCCACCUACUGGUCUGGUAACACCAGGAGCUGGUGGUGUAGAUGAUGAGUAUGCCAGUCGUGGCUCUGAGAAGCAUCCACCACCCUCUUCAGAUGAGUCAGCAGUCCAUGAAAACAAUGCUGCAGUGGAGAAGAAAACUGCCUGUGAUUUUAAUAACCAACCGUUGUCCCCAAAUCACUCAACAGAAAACGAAUAUGCUGCAGCUGAAGAGACAAUUCCUUGUCAGAGCCUUGAGAAUUGUCUCUCAUUUUCAACUAAGAAGAUAGGAAAACAUGCAAAUAAAACUGUGCUAGCAAGAAAUCCCCUGUUACCCUUGGAGAGGAAUCAAACACAGAUUUCAGAUGAUACCGAGAAGCAAGGAAGUGAUACACUGGAAGAGAACCUGUUUCCUUCAUCUGAAUUGGUGUCAGGCCAAAAGAAGUGUGCAAAAGGUACUGAUAAUGUCUCCAAACAUGAAAAGCAUAAGCCUUUGCCCUCAGACAAUGACACGAAGCAUGGCGAUGAUAGGAUGGAGACAGAGGAGAGAGAAGAGCUAGAUGUCUUGUAUAAAUUUGAGCAGGAACAAGUAUCAACACCAAGCGAUUUGAUGGAUCAUGAUAAUAACUCUUCAAGUGGGAAUAAUGCUCAUAGUCCUCAAACAUCCCAGUUACCUCCCUCAGAGCAUGACACCAACAUUCAAGGAGUGAAAAGUUCUGGGCAGGGUUUGAAGUGCCUAGCACCUACGAGAGAUUUCAUUAAACGUGAUCAUGAUCUGACAGCAGAUGGAAACAUCUGCUGCAGUAAUGAGAAGCACCAGCUGCCCUCGUCAAGUGAACCAACGAGACGCACAAAUGGCACUGCGGGAAAAAGAAACCUAAAGUUGAACUUCAAGGAUUAUUCAGUGCUGCCAAGAAAUACAGCAAGGCAUGAUGAUAAGACCAGUGAUGAGGAGAACUCCUUUCAAGAUAUGAAAGAUAGUACAGUGCAGCAUGAAAAGGGUUUUGAAGGAGAGAGAAAUACUUCACAUGAUCCUAAAAAUCAAAUGCCAUCAUCAAGUCCUCUGGUGAAGCAAGACAAGAAAUUCUCCCCUCUAGACACACGGCAACAAGGAGCAUCAGGUGACUCUGUAAAGCCUGAAACUAAGUUGGCUGAAAAAAAGACUAAACACACCUCUGAGAAGCCCCAGUCACCUUCAAACAGAGUGGAGAGACCUCAGGAAAGAAGUUCUUCAGCAGAGAAGAAGCAAAAGGCACCGGAAGCAGAGGAUGUCAAGUCGCCCGAAACAAAGGCUGUAACGGGGGAUGAUGAACACCAGCAUCGGGGGCAGCACCAGUUACCUCUUUCAAGUAAAUCAGCAAAGCCUGGGAAAAACGUUCCAGGAGGAGAAAAACAACAAGCAAGUUCUGAGGAUUUCACAAUGCCUGAUAGCAAUGCAAAAGAGAAGAAGAAAUCUCUUCGUCCCAGGAAGUACCGAUCAGUAUCAUCUGAGACAGCGGUUUUGCCCCAGGAAAAGCAUUCUCCAGAUCAAAAGCAACAAACACCAGCUACUGCGGGUUUUAAGAAGCCUGAAACUGAUGUUGUCAAAGAAAAAGACGAAGAGCCAAAUUCUGAGAAGCUCCCGACACCUCCUUCAAACAAAGGGGUGAAUUUCAAGGAAAAAAACUCUUUGGGAGAGAGGAAGCAGAAGAUGUCAGCAGCAGGGGAUGCCAUGCCACCCAAAACAAAGGUUGCAAAAGAGGACGAUGAACACCAGCACUCCGGGAACCAGCAGCUACCUCCCUCGAGUAAACCAGCAAAGCCUGGGAAAAAGACUCCAGGGGAACGGAAACAUGAAACUGUAACUGAAGGUUUUAGAAAGCCUGACACAAAUUCUGUAAAAGAUAAAAGCAAAGAUCCGGGUUCUGGGAUGUGUCAGUCCUCAACCCCAGAUCUGUUGUUGAAGCUCCAAGAGGAAAAUGUCACAGCCAAAAAGAAACCAUCAACACCACCAUCUGAUAAAAAAAUUGUGGAUAGAACUGGUAGUACAGAGAAGAGGAGUGGGCCCCGUGGAGUAGAGGAAUACCAGCGACAGCCUUCAGAUAAGAAAGGGAAGCACAGCAUUCAUAGCUCAGGAAAAGAAGGCUCUGAGAGCUACCAAACUGCAUUCCCAAGUGAUGGUGGAGAAUCUGAAAGCGAUUCUGUCCCCAAGGAGACCAAUUUGUCUAAAACAGAGAAAUCCUCCAAAUCAUCUCCAUCACGUGGUGCAUCAAAAUAUGAUGACAGUCCCACUGAAAGCAGAAAAAAGCAGCCUGGAUUCAAGAAGUACCGAGCACUGUCAUCAAAGGGUUUGGUGAAGGAUGAGGGAGGCACUGCUGGAAGGGAGGCUGGCUGGCAGGCAGCUGGCACAGCAAGUGGCAGAAAAGCGGAGCUGGGGGACUGCUCCAAAACAGCACCAUUCUCCAAAUACACAGUGGAAAGCUACAGUGAAGGACCCUUAGAUUCAUCUUUUAAACCCCUGAUCAUUAGAGUAACUGACACGUUUAAACACCACAGCUAAAAAAUACCGUUGCAGCUUAAGUGAGACCUUACAACUAAUUGUGCCACUGGUUUGCUCAGUCUUUCUAUUUUCCUUUACUCUCCGGGGCAUUACGUUAUCACUUUUUAAUCACAAGGACGUUGAUGUGCAUCUGUCUGAGCUGGGCUUUUUUCUUCCCUAACAUUAGCCUGAAGACAUGAAUUAAAUUAAUCACUGCAAGCGAAUUAGCUAAUCACUGAAUUAAUCAUCAGUUUAUAAAUUAAAUAUGAGACGGGCUUUGAGAUCGGUGUGAAUUCAGCCCUGCUCCAGACUCCUUGUACUAACUAGUGGGUUUUGUUUGUAACAAAGACGACUCUUCAGAGUGAACUCUAUCUGUAUUUACUUAUUCUAAUGAAACCCCGCUCGUACUUUUUCCAGGAAGGGUGGUAAGCGGUGUCAGCUUUAAUUAUGUCGAAAAAUGUUUGUUCCUGGCUCUGCCUUUUCACCAGUUAAUGAGGGCUGUUGGUCUAUGGCUGCAUUGAGUGGCAAUGCUAGCCACUCAAUGGCUAGUAGGGAGGGAAGGAACGGAGUACUUCAUUUGUCUGUGAAAAGUCCUCAAAAGACAUUGAUGCUACAAUGGGAUUUACUGUGAAUGCAAACGUUCAACCUCACGAAUAUUGGGAAAAUACUGAUUUAGCCUUCUCCGAAGUUAUUUGUACUUUGGCCUUAUGCCGCAUGCAUUCUUGUUGGUAGGGAUAAACCAUUUCAAGUUCUACUUAAUAACUUGUGUAAGAGUGUGAAAAGCUCAACACUUAAAGGUUCUGAGGGUCCCUCUAGAGGGCCACGUCAGCAGAAUGGGCUGAAAGCCCCAACAGGGGAGCUCAGCUUUAGCUGGGGUUCUGUCCCAGGUGUGUGGGCACUGCCAGUGCUGCAGCUGGCACCAAAAGUCUUAGCAAGUGCUGAUUUUACAGCACUUGUUAUAUGACAUGUGACAUAAUGUGAGACGUGAAGCAACAGGAAGCAGCCAGUGUCACUGAACAUUGCUGAUGGGCUGUGGCUUUCUGUGUUUAAUGUAUAGCAGUGGAUUCUGUAAAGCGUGCGCAGGACAGACUGCAUUAUGGAGAAAUGAAGAUGGAAUGGUUCACUGCCCCUCUGUGUCUGGUGAACAGUGUUGUAGCAAAGCAUUGGCACAGGCUGCCCAUGGAGCAGGUGAAGUCACUGUCCCUGGAGGUGGUCAAGAACUGUGUGGAUGUGGCCCUGAGGGAUGUGGUUAGUGGGCAUGGUGGGGAUGGGCUGGUUCUGUGAUUCUAUGAUUCUAUGAAAGCUGUGACAGAGAAAUGUUAGAAAAAACUCCCCCACGUACCCCAGGGGUGCUUUUAGCUUAGCAUAAUGACAGCUUGGGGUAUGUAAAAGCAUGGUCUGGAGCGUCGAUUAAUUUUUUCCCCAGUCACCUGUGCUCAAAAAGCCAAUUAAAACCCCAGUCUUUUAGGUAGCACCAAGCCUCAGGGCUGGUCAGGAAGAGAGUUCUCACAUGCACGGCCCCUCUCCCUGUGCCUGUGCCUCUCCUUGACUUUUUCAGAUGCUCUCCCGCAGCACAUUACCCCAGCAGCACAGCUGCUGCUCCGUCCCCAGCUGGCAGCGUGCCCUGACGUGCAGCAGCAAGGCAUUGAGGACGCAGGUGGGCUGGCAGCACGCAGGGAGCAAAUCCAUUUGCUGGCGUAAUGCACUCAAGUCAUAUAGGUGACAGACAACUGAGCUGUCCGGGGGACACUCUCGGGAGGGACGGGGGACACACACACAACAUCCCCUGGCCACCGAAGUGGCUUAGGAUUUGAUUUCUCACCCACAACAUGCCACAGAUUAGGCUUCCUGGCACCUGCAGGCUCAUAAAAUGAGAAUCGCAUUUGUAUAAGGCACUGCUCCUCAAAACAGAGUCUAUAGGGAAUUUAUCACUUGUACAGCACUGCCCUUCUGCAUGGAGGUGUGUGUCAUCCUCAUGGCUUUUAUGGGCUGGCGCACGUAAAGGACUUUAUGCUAAGCCUAAGCUCUGAUUUACGUUUUGUUGUCCAUGAUUUCAUUUCCCAUUGGAGAAAAGCCCUUACGACAUAAAGCACUCACACCAGCAAUGAAUAGUAAAUUCUGUGAGCUGGCCUUUUGCAACAGCGGACAGACCUGCUUGCUGGCACGAGAGAAGUUGUUUUUAUUAUUCCCAAUUUAAUCUUUCAAAAGAAACCCAAAGGCUUUUUUCUUGUUGUUGCCCCUUUUUCCCACAUGAGAGACGGCUGCCUUGUGACAAACCAAAGGCUUCUGUCCAGCAGGAAGCUACCCAUGUGAGCAGCACGUGCCACCUCACUUCAGACAUGACAGACUGCCACCAAAUGCAUCCUUACGUGCAGAAGUGAGUAUUUAAGAAAGAGAAAGAUAGCAGGAGGAGGACACACACCACCAUCGGCUAUAGCAGAAGCUGCAAAUGGGCAGGCUCCAACCUUGGUGUAACCCUUGCCUAAGAGCGAUAUACAACAGAAGAUAAAAGUUUUAUUCCCCACUCCUGACUCCAGUCCCCUGGGGGCCUCCUUCAGCCUGUGGGUGAGGCUCUGGGCUCAUGGGUUCAUGGAAGAGUCAGUGAGGGAACCCUCCAGGGUUGCUGUUUCACCAUGUCUAAUCAGGAACGAACAGUGCUGCUUCUCCUGCAGGGACUUCUCCUGGCUUUUGCAGUUCUGCGUGAUGGGUGUAAUUUGUACAGUUCUUUUCCCACACUACACAACAGCUUUCUGCUCUACUAAAACACAGUGGACGCAAGCAUCCCCUGAGGUCACUGAGGGCAUCGUGUCCUUAGCCCUCACUGAAUGUAGAAAGGUAUUAUUUUUAAUAAUAUUUUUGCCAUUUCUGAUAAUGCUUCCUUGAAGCCCUGGCUUAGCAAUAGAUAGUUUCAACUAAACGGACCUCAGCUGAGGAUACGGGGCUGUCCAGGCUGGAGGAGGCCAAGAGACAACCUUACAGCUCUCCGCAGCUCCCUGAGGAAGGGAAGCAGACAGAGGUGCUGGGCUCUGCUCCUGAGAAUCAAUGGCGGGAUGCAAGGGAAUGGCACAAAGCUGCACCAGGGAGGGUCAGACUGGGCACUGGGAAACAUUUAUUUACUACGAGGGUGGCCAAACACUGAGACAGGCGUCCUAGAGAGGUGGCUGAUGCCCUGUGGUUGUUAGUAUUCUAGGGGGAGGGUUCAUGGUCAGUGUGGGGCAGAGAUUAGGGCAGGCAAAGAAACCAUGCAAGCUUCCACCAGCAGCAGAGUUCAGUAAAGCAUUUCAGAUUAUUAAGUCCUCUCUAAGUAGGCGAUAGUGAAAAGCUCCCCAAGCACUUCACUUCAGCAAGAUACCUCCCAGAUGGGCUCAGUGGUGUGGAAAUCACAGAGGAUUGACGUGGGUAUUUGGAUAUUGAGCUAUUUCAGUCGCCAAGUUUGGACCCAAAACACCUCCACAUUGAAGUGGUAACACAGUCAGUGUCUUUCUUACUGCUGAACAUGGGGCCAUCAUCUCCAGCUCAUCCUCUCACAUUUCUAACUGAAGAACAAACAACUCUCUUUGGUCCCCAAAAGCAGCAGCAGGUCAAGUGCCCUCUGGAUAUGUCCUUGCUCUCCCUCCAUUUCUGUCUCUCUCUUUCUCUCCCUCUUUUUUUUUUUUUUUUAAUAGAGAGAGAGCAUACAAAACACAGCCACUCUCAGCAAAAAGAGCCCAAGCCCUGAGGAGAGUUAUGCAGUCCAAGCACUUAGGCUAAUGCUGUAGCACAGGGCACAGCAAAGCCCCCUCAGAAUUAGGAAAUGUGUCCUUAAUUUUCUCCAGACCUCCAAAGUAAGAAGACAUGAAUGUCUCAGUGAAUCUCCUUCAUUCCAGGUUGUUCAAAGGCAACAAACAUGUGACAAAUGCACACUUAAGGCUCUGAGCUGUGAAGCAGCUCAGUAAUUUAGCAGCUUCUUCUACAGUUCUGCCUCAAUCUUUAAAACAUUGUGCAUAACAAAAAUGGUAGAGGCUGAGAAUUAAAGCUGCAGUUGUACUUUUUUGUGUUGUCAGUGGAGCUGGCAAUAGAAGUACCGAAAAGCAUAUCGAAUAUCUCAUAUUAAAAUGCAACUUUCCCCACCAUUUUUAGCUUCUUUUUUCCUGUCCACCUGUAGUCGGCAGGUAAUAACAGUGGUGACACUCAGUGCCUCUGGGCAACAUCCCUCCCAGCCCUGAGAAGCCACAGAUGCGUCUCUCGGCUGUGGAAACGCUCCAUCUAGUGGCUGAAUUUGUACAGUAAGUGACGAGCAAGCAUGGAGAGGCAUGGAGUGAAGGUCACUCGGUAGUGGAAAGAGUAGGGAACCGGAGGGAAGCAUUUCUUCUCUUCUUCCCAUCACUUGGACUGCACGCUAUCCAAAAGGAUCACAUCUCCUGUCACUGUUUCUGACUUGCCCCUAGCUGUCUCCAUUGCUUGUAUUCAGCUGAGCUGCAAGUGCAAGAACAGUUUUGCAGAAUGGUGUGAUCCUCGCUUGGCAAGCAGCACGACAGCAGGCUUCUAGGGUGUGUGCAGUGUAGAAUACAGCUGUCAGGUGUGAUGUUUUCAGUGGUGGCAAGUGACUAUGGAUGUCCCAAAUGGGACACAGUCACCUAUACCUACGUAAAAAGGCUGUAAACUACAGAACUGGUGUGCAGAAACUGGCCUGUGGGUGAAUGCAGCCAAAGCAGGCUGCUUUUACCAAGAAGAAUUAUGAUUAUAUCCCACAGACCUCAUACCAUUCUGGCCUGCCCCCCCAACAAUCACUGCAGUAGUCCCUUUGGCCCUUGCAGAGCAAUGAGAGAAUUUUGACACAGCUGAGAGCAAACCAAAAAGAAGGUGAGUGCUUCCUGUCACUGUGCUCCCCAGGGCUUCUGGAAAUAAAGAAGUAAAACUGUUGGAUGCUGAAGAGCCAGUCCAUCCUUAUCAGGAAACAACCAUGUUUAGUCAAACUACAUCACCACAGUGAACUACAAAUAGGAUUUGUGCAGACACAGUGGGCUGUGAGCACACAGCUCUGGGUUGCUAGCUCUGGCUACUGAGAUCUUUAAUUCUUCUAAAGAAUGGCAACAGUGUGGGCAGCAGUGAUCCAAGUGUCCAGAUGGGGUCCCACUGAAUGUGUCUCAACUCUAAAUAUCUCCAAACUCAAGGAAAUUAUCACAGAAGAAUGGAAAAUCCCCAAAGGCAUCUUCCUUUUUAACUCAUUCAAAUUAUACCCCUCAUGUAACAAGAAAGCCUGUACCAUUGCCAUGUCGUACAGAUUUCUUAAUAAAACUGUUUUCCUUUGUAUAUGGGCUAUUUAUUUGUACCACUGAGUCUUAUUUGUGUGUCAAGAAGAUGAAAAUAAUAAAACCGUACCAAAUAUC